AACCCGAGCUCGCUGUGCUGUGCUGCGCUGGGGCGGACGGGGCCCCAAAACGGGGCGGGGAGAGAGGCCGAGCCGGAGCCCAGGCUGCCGAGAAAGAAAGGAAAGAAAGAAAGAAAGGGAAGAAGGAGAGCAGGCAGGCAGGCAGGCAGGCAGGCGUGCGGGAGAGAAGGAGGGGAAGCCACCCCCGAAUCCCACCCCAAACCCCAGCCCUCCCUGCAUUCCUCUUCCCUGCCCACUUUCCCUCUUGGGAAGCCGGUCUGCGGCGUGCUUGUGCUCCUGCCGAGCCUCCAACUGAGAGAGCCUGAGGAGGAGGAAGAAGAGGAGGAGGAAGGGAAGAAGCCUUGGCUGCCGCUUCUACCCAACCCCGAAGAGGGGAGGAGGGUCUGCUUGCUAUGGAGGUCUCCGGGGAGGCCGAAUAGCUACGAGGAAGAGAUGGUGCUUCUACGUCCCCGUUGCUCCGCUUAGCCCCUUUGCUGGGGCUGCCAAGAGAAGACCCUCCUUUCCCUCGCCGGGACCGACUCUAGCAACUCUCAACAGCGGAUAACAUGCACGUAUCACUAGCUGAAGCCCUAGAGGUUCGUGGCGGACCGUUGCAAGAGGAGGAGAUAUGGGCUGUAUUGAAUCAGAGUGCUGAAAGCCUUCAGGAGUUGUUCCGAAAAGCUGAUCCAACUGCCCUGGGGUUCAUCAUUUCUCCGUGGUCUCUUCUGCUGCUUCCAUCAGGCAGUGUAUCGUUUACAGAUGAAAAUGUUUCCAACCAAGACCUGCGAGCUUUCACAGCGCCAGAGGUGCUCCAAAACCAAUCACUGUCAUCUCUUUCGGAUGUUGAAAAGAUCCACAUUUAUUCCCUUGGAAUGACGCUAUAUUGGGGAGCUGACUAUGAUGUUCCUCAAAGCCAACCCAUCAGACUUGGGGAUCAUUUAAACAGCAUACUGCUUGGAAUGUGUGAAGACAUUGUUUAUGCUCGUGUGUCCGUGCGGACGGUUCUGGAUGCCUGCAGCGCUCAUGUACGAAACAGUAACUGUGCACCCUCCUUCUCGUAUGUGAAACAGUUGGUGAAACUCGUUCUGGGGAAUGUCUCUGGGGUAGAUCAACUUUCCUGCAUCGGGGAUAGAAGCCUUCAGACUGACAGGAGCCAGGCCAUUCGGGAGAGGCUGAGAGGGAAAGGGCUUCCCACAGGGAGAACUUUAAUGGCUGAUGCCCGAGAUGGUCACAAGGACCCAGUCUCUCAACUGGCCAUGCUCAACAAAGGGCUUAGUAAAUCGAUGGGAUUCUUGUCUGUUAGAGGUUCACAAUGUGAAGAAGAAUUCUACCAGGGCAUUUCUUCUAAUUACAACUCCGGCCAUGAAGAUGACACAAAUACUUGCUGCUCAUACCGGUGUAGAGCUGAUGACUUGGAAAGGAAAGCUGAUGUUGGCCCCAAGCGGAAGGUCUGGGCCUCCUCUUCAGAUCUGCUCUCCACAGCCAACAAAGUCACAGAGACAGACUGUCCUGGGGAUUCCUGCAAGCACUAUCAUCAUGCAGGGACGGUUUCAGUACGGACUUCAGCAACUGCUAGAAACAAGGAGGGCAGAUACUCAGAUGGGAGCAUAGCCCUUGAUAUAUUUGGCCCUCAAAAGCUAGAUCAGAUGCGCCAUGGACCAGAGGCCUCUGUGGCUGCAGCUUUGUCAAAUGCUUUCGACAGGAUCAAAGAGCGGCAGAGGAAGCUGCAGUUGCUGAGGGAAGCCAUGAAUGCAGAAGAGCAUGUUCGCAGAUAUAAAUCUUACCACAGUGACAUGUACAGUACAGACAGUGAAAGUCCAUCUUUUAUGUCUUCUGAGGCUGAUUUCCGGCAAGGGAGGAGAUUUGAAGCACUGAGGGAUGACUCCAGCAGUCGUCUCCAAGCAGCAGAUGAUGCCUCUCCUUUAGGUCGACUUCAGGGACAAAGAUCAAGGCAAUAUGAAGCCCCACUGGAAGGCAACCACUUAAGCCAAGAAGUGAUGCUGAAGCGCCAGGAAGAGGAGAUGAUGCAGCUGCAGGCUAAAAUGGCCCUCCGGCAGUCUCGACUAAGCCUCUAUCCGGGAGAAACACUGAGGCCAUCAGUACUCGAUAGGACAAGGGAUCCUCUCAGAGAAAUCGCAUUGGAAACAGCCAUGACCCAAAGGAAACUAAGGCACUGUAAUUCUGAUACGGAAUUCUGUGAUUUGCAGAAUUUCUUUGGCCCUGAAUUUGUGAAAACAACCAUUGAGCCAUUUACUUCCUUGGACCUGCCAAAGUCAAUUUUGAACAAGAAAGGAAAGAACGAAGACACUCGCCGGAAAGUGAAUGUCAUGUUUUUAAGUGGGCAGAGGCUAGAACUCACCUGUGAUACCAAGACUGUGUGCAAAGAUGUGUUUGAUAUGGUAGUGGCCCAUAUUGGCUUAGUGGAGCAUCACUUGUUUGGUUUGGCCACUUUUAAAGACAAUGAAUUUUUCUUCAUUGAUCCGGAGCUGAAAUUGACUAAAGUAGCUCCUGAGGGAUGGAAAGAAGAACCAAAGAAAAAGAGCAAAAACGCAAUAAAUUUCACCUUGUUCUUCCGCAUUAAGUUCUUUGUGGAUGAUAUUAGCUUGAUACAGCAUACUCUGACAUGUCAUCAGUAUUACCUGCAGUUAAGGAAAGAUCUCUUGGAGGAGAAGAUUCAUUGUGAUGAUGAAACAGCCUUAUUGCUUGCCUCUCUGGCCCUGCAAGCAGAAUAUGGCGAUUACCAGCCUGAAGUGCAUGGCCUGUCUUAUUUCAGAAUGGAACACUAUUUGCCAGCAAGAGUGAUAGAAAAUGUGGACCUAUCUAAUGUCAAAGAAGAGUUGCCAAAACUUCAUAGCACUUAUGCUGGAGCUUCUGAAAAAGAGGCUGAAUUGGAAUUUCUUAAGAUUUGCCAGAGACUGACAGAAUAUGGCGUUCAUUUUCAUCGUGUGUUGCCAGAAAAAAAAUCUCAGACGGGAAUUCUCCUGGGCAUUUGCCCCAAAGGAGUCCUCAUUUUUGAGGUUCAGAAUGGAACCCGUACACCUGUCCUGCGUUUCCCAUGGAGAGAAACAAAGAAAAUAUCUUUUAGUAAGCGGAAGAUAACUCUGCAGAACACAUCUGAUGGUAUAAAACACGCAUUCCAAACAGACACAAGCAAGACCUGUCAGUACUUGCUACAGCUCUGCUCUUCACAACAUAAAUUCCAGCUCCAGAUGAGAGCCAGGCAAAGUAACCAGGAUGCUCAGGAAAUUGAGAGAGCAUCGUUCAGGAGCCUGAACCUCCACACGGAUUCUGUUAAGGGGUUUAACAUGGGCCGUGCCAUCAGCACAGGCAGUCUCGCCAGCAGCACAUUGAACAGACUAGCAGUGCGGCCGCUGUCGGUGCAAGCUGAGAUCCUCAAGAGACUCUCCUACUCUGAACUGUCCCUCCUUCAGCCUGGCCAAGGAUGUCCCAGAGACCAAAGCGAGAAGUCACCAUGGGAGGAAAAACCCAAAAUAAUGAGCAAAUCCUUCCAUGACCUGACACAAACUCAGGUGUCGGCCAGCCCGUUUCGGAAGAACAUUGCCAGCCCCAGAGAUUCCACUUCGCGGAGAGUGGAGGAACUGAUGGGGAAGAUCUUCCAACAGGUGCCAAAAUCGGAUACAGAAUCAGUGACUGGGGGAGCAAAGCUUAACAAUUCAUACUGUCAUGCAGGUUUAAGUGCCAGCCUAGAAAGGAGGAAAAAUGAAUCAGACUCUUCAUCUGCUGAAGAUACUGGCCAAGUCUAUGUUGUAGAUACUCCACAAAUAAAACAGAAUGCAAUGUUGUUGCCAGAAAGAGAAAUCAACUUAGUAAACUUGAAAAAAGAUGAAAAAUAUGGUUUAGGAUUUCAAAUCACUGGUGGGGAGAAGACUGGAAAACUGGAUCUUGGCAUUUUUAUUCAUUCCAUAACACCUGGAGGACCCGCUGAUUUGGAGGGUUCGUUAAAACCAGGAGAUCGCCUGAUAUCAGUGAACAAUGUAAGCUUGGAAGGGGUGAGCCAUCACACAGCGUUAGAAAUUAUGGAACAUGCUCCAGAAGAUGUGACUCUUGUCAUUUCACAACCUAAGGAAGGACUUACCAAAGUGUCACCAAAUCUCCUAAAUGGCAUGAAAGGGUAUUUAAAGAGGCCUUCGCUCAUACCAGACCAUGAGACAGAGUCAUCUUCAGAGGAGCACAACCAGCUACUUAGCCAUCAAAAGUCUACUUCUGGGAAUGUAUCUGGCCUCUGCUCAAGCAAAUGGGAUGGCAGUCUGAGUUCCCAGGACUCCAGGACUGAAAGUGCCAGCCUGUCCCAGAGCCAAACCAAUGGUGGAUUUCUUGGCAACCAUAUCAAUGUUCAAGCCCAGCAGGAGUUUCAGCAUUGCAACAAUUCUCAGCUUUCCCUUCUCAAAUGCAAGGAGAGAAAUGGCUCCUCUUUGGAGGUGAAUUUGAUAAAGGCAAAAAAAAAUGGGAUACAGGAAACCACCGAGUAUUCUGACCGAGGGGAUUCAGACAUGGACGAAGCCACAUACUCCGGCAGCCAGGAGCAAGCAGCAGCCGCCGCCAAAAAGGAGCCUUCCUUCCUGAAUUUGGCCAACUCAAUGCAUUCUAAAAAGUUUUCUACACCUCCUCUUAAACCCGGAGAUAUCUUUGAAGUCGAACUGGUCAAAAAUGAUAACGGCUUGGGAAUAAGUGUCACGGUACUGUUUGACAAGGGUGGUGUGAACACCAACGUGAGACAUGGAGGUCUUUAUGUCAAGGCUAUUAUUCCAAAAGGAGCUGCUGAAGCUGAUGGCAGAAUUCAAAAAGGUGACCGUGUACUCUCUGUCAAUGGGAUUACUUUGGAAGGUGCCACCCAUAAAGAGGCUGUGGAAAUCCUGAGGAACACUGGCCAGGAAGUUCAUUUGGUGUUAGAAAAGGGGCAGCACGCGGCAGCCAGAGUCCAUGUUCCAGUUACACCUCAGUGCACACCUCUGAACCCAACCAUCCAUGGAGGAACCCCAGAGAGACCUGUCAAGAAGACGUUAAGUGCCAGAGAGUACAGCUUUGUCACAGUUGAUAACACAUUUGAGGUGAAGCUGGUGAAGAACAGUUCAGGUCUGGGUUUCAGUUUCUGCCGUGAAGACAGUGUUUCUCCAGAACAGCCAGGUUCUAGCAUAGUCAGAGUCAAAAAGCUCUUCCCAGGGCAACCUGCUGCAGAAAGCGGACAGAUCGAGGUUGGAGAUGUCAUCCUGAAAGUCAAUGGCUCUUCUUUAAAAGGACUAUCUCAGCAGGAAGUCAUCUCGGCUCUCAGGGGAACAUCUCCAGAAGUCACUCUUCUCCUCUGUAGACCACUCCCGGGAAUAUUGCCAGAAAUUGACCCUUCUUUAUUGACCCCGAUCCAUUCCCCAUCCCAGAUUUUCCCUGACAUCUGCAAAGGAAAUGCUCAAUCAUCUCAUGGCGAUCAUGAUGAGAGCUCCGAUGAUAAUGAAGCCACAGAUAAAAACAAAAAGCAUAACAAGUCUCUCUCCCGGAGAGACAGCUACAGUGACAGCAGUGGGAGCGGAGGGGAAGAGCUUUCUGCAAACACAACCGACAUAACAAGUGACAAAUGGAGCUCUGCUUUGUACCAAACUCCAAUCAAGCCAGCAGCUCAAGCACAUAGCCCUUACGAAAUGCCCUGCGACCAGGAUGAAGCCCUUCGCACAUUAUAUCAUUCUUCUCAUGAGCCACCUGGGAAACCAGAAACAGAGAACAGUAAUCCUCCUUCUCCCUUGCUGAUGGAUUUGCCACCAAUUGCAAACUGUAGAACCAUCACAUCUGGUUCAACAGAGGAGAAAUACAGUUGUUCUGUUUCUGAGCUCACAGCACCACAGAGAGGCCUGGCAUCGCUUUUCAACCAGCUUGAAAAACACGUUGAUGAAUAUGAACCAGAGGUGGAGCUCCAUGUGGUCCUGACUAAGUCCGAAAAGGGCAGCCUUGGUUUCACAGUGACAAAAGGCAGUGACAGUGUGGGCUGCUUCAUUCAUGAUGUCCUUCAAGACCCUGCCAAAAGUGAUGGGAGGUUACGACCUGGAGACCGCCUGAUCAAGGUUAAUGAUACAGAUGUCACUAACAUGAGCCACACAGAUGCUGUCAGUUUCCUCCGAGCUGCCCCAAAGAUGGUCAGGCUGGUACUUGGACGAGUUCUGGAGUUACCCAAAAUACCCAUGAUGCCACACCUGUUACCUGACAUUGACUUAACUUGCCAUAAAGAACAACAACUGGGCAUCUCCCUUGCAGGUGGUCAUGACAGCAUUUAUCAGGUGGUAUACAUUAGUGAUAUCAGUACCAAAUCUGCGGCAGACUUGGAGGGAUCUCUUCAUACCUUGGAUGUCAUCUAUUAUAUUAAUGGGUUCAGCACUCUGGGAAUGACUUUGAAGGAAGCAAAGAGAACACUGGAGAUGUCCCUUCCAACGGUGAUACUGAAAGCAACCAGAGAUGGCCAUCCAGUGUUUCCAAGAACUAAAGAUCCUAAUAACUCUAGCAUGAGAGCAAUCAAACAUAAUGGUCAUUUUCUUGGAGAAACAUAUGGCAAAUCAGAAAUAGGACAUGAUGCAUAUGUACCCAAGAUGAAUGGUGAAAUGAACAAUAGUCACCAGGCAAAAAGCCCAGAACAUGUCACAGUAUCUCAAGAGACAUCCUUAUGCAAUGCUACCAGUCAGAUCCCUGACUUUUCCAAGUACAAUAAUAACUCAGUUGAGCUACAAGAUGAAGAUUCCUAUGAUGAGGAUGAUCACAAUGAAGUCAUUCAGUAUCUUUUAGAUGUAGUAGAUGAAGAAGCCCAAAACUUGCUGAAUCGUAGCAAUGCCACAUCUGGGAACCACCUGCCAGAGACAAAUGGGAAAGUUUCAGAAGAGAAAUCAGAAGAUACUGAUUGUGAUGGGUCUUCAUUGCCUGAAGACUUCCCAGAGCCGCCCCAGCUGAAUGGCUGUGAAGAUCAUAGCAAUGACAGAAAGGCUUCUGAAAGGUUACCUCACCAGCAGCCUCUGAUGGGUCAGGGAGAUGAUGAUGAGAUUACGUGGGGAAGUGAUGAAUUGCCAAUUGAAUCAAUACACCAGGAAUCCUCUGUAGAAGUCACAAGUGAGGAGUUUCCUACUCUCCCCAUCGUUCAAGUGCUUCCUUCCGGCAAAUACACAGGGUCCAAAUUAAAGUCAACUAUCCGGAUGCUUCGAGGUUUAUUGGAACAAGGAGUCCCUUCUAAGGAGAUUGAGAAUCUUCAUGACUUAAAGCCUUUGGAUCAGUGUCUAGUAGGCCAAACAAAGGAAAACCGGAAGAAAAACAGAUAUAAGAACAUAUUACCCUAUGACACCACAAGGGUCCCUCUUGGAGCUGAAGGUGGCUACAUCAAUGCCAGCUUUAUCCAGAUGCCAGUGGGAAGCAAGGAGUAUGUUUACAUCGCAUGCCAAGGACCCCUUCCGACAACUGUAGCAGACUUUUGGCAGAUGACUUGGGAACAAAACUGCACCAUCAUAGCCAUGAUGACCCAGGAAGUAGAAGGAGAAAAGGUCAAAUGUCAGCGGUAUUGGCCUGAAGCCCUUGGCAAAACCACCAUGAUCAGCGAUAGACUACGACUCUCUCUUGUCAAGCUGCAGGAGCAGAAAGGCUUCGUCAUUAGAGACAUGGAGCUAGAGGACAUUCAGACAGGUGAACUCCGGCAUAUUUCCCAUUUAAACUUCACUGCCUGGCCAGAUCAUGACACGCCCUCCCAACCAGAUGAUUUGCUCACCUUUAUAUCCUACAUGAGGCACAUCCACAAAUCAGGGCCCAUCAUCACUCAUUGCAGUGCUGGGAUUGGACGAUCAGGGACACUUAUAUGCAUAGACGUAGUCUUGGGACUAAUCAGCCAAGAUCUCGAGUUUGACAUCUCCGACGUGGUGCGCACAAUGCGCCUGCAAAGGCCUGGCAUGGUGCAAACCGCGGACCAGUACAUUUUCUGCUAUCAAGUUAUUCUAUAUAUCCUAAAACGUCUGCAAGCAGAAGAACAGCAAAUGAUUAACUAGAAUUUUAAAACUGCCUGUGCAUUAAAGGGGGCAAUGAGAGAAGAGGUUCUUGAAUACAUUUGGCAUGUUUUCACACAAGAUGUCAACUGGUUUAACAUUAAUGCUGCCUCCUUGGGCAGCUGGUUCUAUAAAUGAAUGAUCAGUCAUACUGAGAAAAGAUGUUCAGCACAGUUGUCAAACUACAACUCCCACAUUUCUUUAUGGGAAGCCAUGGCAAUUAGACUGGUAUAACCCAACACUAAAUAUGUAGUGUAGUUUUUCCUUUGGUUCAUGUUGCCAAUAUAGUUCCAGUUCUAUAAAGGAUCAAAUACCACUAUAACCCCUUCUCCCUUUGAAACAAUGGGAUCCUUAUUCACCAUUUAUAUUUAAUAGUGCUGCAUUUUUGCAGCUGUUUCAGGCUCUGAUAAGCCAUUGGGAAUUUUUUUAAAAAGGCUUUUUAAUUAUUUUUAAAGAAGUAUUAAUGCCUUUUGCAGGUUCUUUCCUCACCUCCUUUAUAGUGUACUUUUAAUGCUGGGGGUUGGCUGGGAAAUAAGAACAGUAUUUUUUUUUCUGCUGAACUUUCUUACAGGUACGUUUUUAUUAGUCUGUUUUUAAAGUUUGUUUAUAGCAGAGCUGUCUUUUCACAAUAUUUUUAAUGCAAUAGAGCUUUUUAUAGAAAAUACUUGAAAUCAGUAUUUAAGCUUUACGGGACGUCUUAUUAGUGUAAGGAAAAAUAGCAAAUGUUUACUGUAUCGCAAGUUACUAUGUUUACUUUAUAUAGAGUCUUGUGUAUAUAUUUAUAUACUUUUACCAAAAAUGUUGAAUUAUCAGAUGUCUGAGCUUGUAACUGCUAAGGCAUCUCCACAAUGUAAAUAAAAGGACACUUUUAAAAUA